UGUGUCUCUCACGAAGAAGAGUUGAAGAAAGUGACAACAUCAACAAGCAUGGCGUAGUUGGAAAUGCAUUCAUAACAGUUCUAUUUCCUCCGACACAACUGCACAAGUGAAACACAAUGGCUGGCUCAGCGCUAAAACGUCUUAUGGCUGAGUAUAAACAGUUGACUUUGAAUCCACCUGAGGGCAUUAUUGCUGGUCCAGUCAAUGAGGAGAAUUUCUUUGAGUGGGAAGCCCUCAUUAUGGGUCCGGAGGGUACAUUUUUUGAGGGCGGAGUGUUUCCAGCCAGACUGACUUUUCCAGCUGAUUACCCACUGAGUCCACCCAAAAUGAAAUUUACAUGUGACAUCUUCCAUCCUAACAUCUACCCUGAUGGUCGAGUAUGCAUCUCCAUCCUGCAUGCCCCUGGGGACGACCCGAUGGGGUAUGAGACCAGUGCUGAGCGGUGGAGCCCUGUGCAGAGUGUGGAGAAAAUACUGCUGUCAGUUGUCAGCAUGUUGGCAGAACCCAAUGAUGAGAGUGCAGCUAAUGUGGAUGCAGCAAAGACAUGGAGAGAAGACAGACAGAAGUUUGAAGACAUCGCUUCCCGCACUGUUCGGAAGUCACUAGGAUUCUAACUGAAAUAACUGAUUUAUGAAGGGUGCAAUAAUAAACAGUAACUAUAUCAAAACAUCAGCUUGUAUCUCAGAAGUUUAUACCUCCAGAAUAAGGGCACUGACAAAUAAUUUCAAGAGAUAAUAGUUGCCUUGCCACAAUGGUGAGGAUAUGUUACAAGGGAGGUAAUUCUUGAAGGCUUGGUAUCCGUUCAUGUCAAAACUUUAGUAUCAUGCUUUAAUAAUUGAGUAUAGUCGAUAUCAAGUCAGUAGAUGUGAUUUUGAUCACAGUUAUAUGACAUCCAUGACACAUGUAAAUGUGUGGUCAUAAUCUACUGAUUACAGCUAUAUUAAGCUCCAGAAGUGUCGCCAGGAUUUUUCGGGGAGAGUUUGUUUUGAAAGAUAUGUAUAUUCCUGGCUAGUAUUUCUUCACAUCAAUGAUGCUAAACUUGGUGCAUGGUUGACAAACAUCCGUUCAGUCACAGCCACUGAUUUCAUUUGUUAAUGUUUUGUUGGCAUUUUGUGUUGUGUUUUUCACCAACUUGUAUGAGCUGUGUAACAGCUUGUCCAUCUCAUGCCAUCACUUGAUGGAUCUGUUAUAGACUAUCAGUAUAGUACACUUCUGUUAACUGAUGUUUCUACUUUUUUGUAUGAACAAAUUUAAAUUUGAUGUUGAGAAGACAAACUUAAGGAUGUCCGCUGGUGUGUAGUUGAAGUAGUUUUCUAAGAGAGGAAUUUUAGAAAUCUAAAUAAUUUAGUUUAACUCUUGUCUGAAAAGGAAGGAAGUUGGUGUGCAUUAACACUUGUUGACUACUGCACCAAAUUCACACUUUACUAUAGAGGUACUAUUUAGAGGUAUAUGGGAAAGCCGAUUUUAGAAUUAUUGUUUGUUGUUUAACAAUAUUCUGGCUAUAUGUAGGCAGUCUAAAUAUUUGAGUUUGGUCCAGAUAAACCAGUGAUUGAUAUCAUAAGCUUUGAACCGAGCAAUUGGGAUAUGAUGACAUGCAUCAACCAAGUCACCGAGCCUGACCACCGGAUCCCGUUAGUCGCCUAAUACGACAAGCAUUGGUUGCUGAAGAUCAAUUCUAACCGAGAUCUUCACGGGUGGGUUUUAGAAUGAAAAAAACUACUUUGUGAAAAUUCAGUUAGUGAGGCAACUUCAAUAAUUCACUGAAUCAACAUCUUCCCUUCCUAAUAUGUAAGUAUUCACCAUGUAAAAUCAUGUCAGAGAAAAACUAUUGAGGAAUAUUUGGUGCAGCGUAUAUGGUGUACUGAUGUAUAUGAAACUGUUAUUGCCUCCCUUGUGUGUUAUCGGUCUAUCUCUAGUCAGUAUCUGUCUUAAUGCUAUGUUACACAUUACAUAACUAUACAUUUAUGGCAUGGUGAAAGAUUGGUGAAUGAACUCUCCUCUUUCAGAUGUUGCACCCUCAGGCACGUUAUGCCCAGAUUCUGCUCUUGUUUUUCACAUUAUUGCAGGAAAACUAACAUCCUGUGAUUCAACUGUGACAUAUACUGAUGUGUUACCAUGGUGACUAAUUGGACAUUGUUCAUGUAAUAUAUAUUUAUUGUCAGCUGUUCGUGGAAAUAAAUGUAUAAUCAUGCUGCCA